UCACAACUGUGUGCACCUUCGAUACAAACACGACUCCACCUCUUGAGAUAUCAAGUCGUCACCAUGUCGGCCAAGAUUGAGAAGACGAUUCAGCGACAGAAGGAGAGAAUCGCUGAAGGCCAGUACUAUGAAGCCCACCAACAGCUCCGCGUAAUCGCAUCCCGCUACACCAAAGCCUCCGACUGGGCAUCCGCAACCGACAUCCUCUUCCGCGGCGCACAAUCCCUCCUACAAGCAGGCCAGGGCGGCUCUGGCGGCGAUCUCUGCAUAUUCCUGCUCGAUGUCUUCAACAAGAGCGAGACCAAGCCCGACGCAAGCAGCAAAGGCAAGCUGCUAAGCCUGCUCCGCGCAUUCCCCCCAAACGAGCCCACGAAGAAGAAGUUCGUCGCUGAGAUGGUCGCCUGGAGCGCAAAGUACGGCGAGUAUCCCGCUGGCGACCCGGAGAUUCACCACGUCGCGGGCAGCGCAUUCGCAGAGGAUCUCGAACCCUACGACGCAGAACGCCACCUCAUCCUCGGCACAAAAGACUCCCCCGAAGCCCUCGCCAACCUCGAGUACUCCUGGUACACCGCAGACGACUCACACACCGCACCCUUGUACACCGCGCGCGGCGUCCUGCCCUACCUGCUCGCAGGCAACCUCCGCGCAGCCAACAAAUUCUUCCUGCUCUUCACCUCGCGACUCUCCAGCAAACCCGGCCUCCAAACCCAGCAAGUCUCGACCUCGGACUCAGACCUGCGCGUAUACCCGUCCCUACCGCUGCUCAACUUCCUAGGCCUAUUGCUGCUGAGUGUGGAACGCGGUGAUCCGAGUUUGUAUAGACAGUUGAAGAGCUAUUAUGCGGGGCAUCUGAAGGAGACGAAUUGGGAUGAGGCGCUGGAUCAGAUUGGCGAGAUGUACUUUGGGAUCAGGAUACCGAAGCAGGGGAACCCUAUGUUUGACAUGCUGGGGAGCAUGUUUGGUGGGGGGAUGGGCGGGGGCGCGAAGAAGUCGGCGAGUGAGAGUAAGACGUUGCCGCCGACUGGGGGGUUGGAUUAGGAGGUUCGGUGGCGAAAUGAAGUAUGAGGGGUGAAUAGCAUGGCAUGGCAGAGCACGCAUACCGAAAUAUGAACGGAUAUCAUCAUUUUCAAAGGGGAAACUGGCUGGGCGUGAAUGUGAG